UGAAUACAUCUGAUCAAAUAAAUAGUUCUUCACUUCACCCACUUCACUCUGCGAUAGUUUUCCUCUCUCCUUGCGCUAACCAAAAAACAUUUUGAGAGAGAGAGAGAGAGAGACCAAAACCCCAGAGAGUCACUCUCUUUCUGCUUCAAUGUCUCUUGCUCUAUCACGAUGACUCUUUAACAGUUUCGUUUAUCCAUUGCCCUUUCUUCACCUCAAAUCAUCAAACCCAAAAAUCCAAAAAAAAAAAAAAAAAAAGCAAAAGAAAAUUGGUUGGGAAAAAAAAAGUAUGAGUCUAUCAGUGCCACGAAAUCUGCCUCCCGGGUAUCGAUUCCGACCCACAGAUGAAGAGCUCAUGAAUCACUUCUUGAGGCUUAAGAUGAUCAGAGGAUGCUCCGACGUCGAUGACGACAUCGCCGAGGUCGAUGAUGUCUGCAUGUGGGACCCUUGGGAAUUGCGUUUGAAAUCGAAGAUCGAGUCCGAUGAUCAGAUAUCGUGGUUCUUCAGUCGCCGAGACCCGAAAAACAAAAGGACCAAAAGGAAGACGAAAACAGGAUUCUGGAAAAUCACGGGCAAAGAACAAGAAAUCAAGGGUCGAGACGGCAGAGUUAUUGGAAAGAAGAAGAUCGUGGUGUUCCUCACAGGUCCCACUCCUGGCCGUGGGACCGACUGGGUCAUUCACGAGUACCAUCCCCUUCCUGAGAAUGUCCUUCCUAACCAGAGUUACUAUGUUAUCUGCCGCUUGGAGAACAAAGCUGUUGAGAAAGCUGGUCCGCCAGGCUGUGACGACAGUGAACCAAGCUGCGACAUCACAUCUGACGUCGAAAAUUCAGUAGCAUCUGCUGCAAUUUCAGAAGUACAUGGUCAAGCAGAAGGGAAUGCGGAAUUGCUCCCGCAACAUUUUCAAUAUCACGACAUCGCAUCUGACGUCGAAAAUUCAGUAGCAUCUGUUGCAAUUUCAGAAGUACAUGGUCAAGCAGAAGGGAAUGCGGAAUCGCUCCCGCAACAAGUUCUCUCAUCAGAUGACUGCUUCCUCACUGACGAGGAAAUAAAUUUCCUCAAUGCGUGCUUAGAUAACGAUCAUACCCAGCUCAUGCCUGAGCACCAUCCUGAAACGGAGAAUUCCCUGCUUCAUCAGAGGCCCGAUAUUACUCACUGCUUAGAGAGCAAAACUGAUGAGAAUGCUGGUACCCUAGGCUGCAACAUAGGCAAACCAAGCAGCGACAUCAGAGCUGAAACCGAAAAUUCAGUAGCACAUCCUGCAAUUUCAGAAGUAUCUGGUCAUGGAGAAAGGAAUGCAAAAUUGCUCUCGCAACCAGUUCUCUCACUAGAUGACUGCCUGACAAUGGAGGAUUUAACGCCGAGCUUGUCGGACAGCUUCAAUGAUGGUCAAAAGAGCAACUGGGUCAUGCAUGAGCACCGUCCAGAACUAGAGAACAGCCUUCCUCAGCAGUGGCCCUAUCUUACAUGCUGCUUGGAGAACAAAACGGAUGAGUAUGUUGGUUCUCUGGACUGCAACAUAGGCAGACCAAGCAGCGACAUCACAUCUGAUAUCGAAAAUCAAGUAGCACAUACUGCAAUUCCGGUGGGAGACGGUCACACAGAAGUGAAUGCAGAAUCGUGCUGGCAAACGUUUUCCUCACCAGAUUACUACUACACAGAGGAGGCUAUUAGUUUGAUCCGCUCAUAUAGCCUCUGUGAUGACCAUAACAAUUCGCAUGCUUUAUGUGGAUCUGCUGAACCAAUAAUGUGUCCCGCAGAGUUUCCGGAUGGGCGUAAAGCUGAUCUGUAUGAAAACUACAAUGGGGAGACAGCAAACAAUCUUUCCAAUGACUUCAUCCAGCCAAAGUCAUUGAAAAGGCCUUAUUUCCCCGACAUUCCAGCUAGUAAUGACACUAAUGCUGAAGGAGUCGAUGGAUGGGUUAAAAGACCCCGUUCAUUAGCCCUUGGAGAAUGACUCCAAUAGCUAAUGAGCCAAUGCAGGAGAAUAUCGUAGGAGGUUUCUAAUAAUGUGCCGUCACAUUAUUAUGAGGGUUGUGAUAUUCUCCUGUAGGUUUUUUUUUUCCUUUUUUUAAUAAACCUUCCUAUAUCAGCUUCCAUAUGAAAUCGGAAAGUUUACUAUUUCCUUGCCAGCCAGAACAUACCAAGUCCUACCCCUCAAAGAAAAACCAUCCUUGUCCACAAAAACCAACAAUCGAAUGAACCAUUACUGUUUGAAUCUAUACUAUGUAUAGCCAGCACUAGCAAAAUCAUCCUUCUACCAAGAAUUCCUUCGAGAUUCUGUCCAGAAAGCUUUCUACCCUGUCAUAACCACAAGAAAUUCCAUCCAAUUAGGCCUAUGGGCUAUCCAAUGUAGCAAGACAAUCAUUGCUCAUGGAUGGACCAAAGGCACCCCCAGAUGUCCCUUCUUAAGAAAAAGUCCCUUCUUAAGAAAAGAAAUGGCAAAACCAAAUCUAUUUCCAACCUUUCUUAAUCUUGCAACAUGGGAUGCGAAAUCACCCCUUGAAGCUGAGUAUCAAGAGUUGAGAGUCGUCUUAACACCCAGUAAAGCACUGUAAGCUUUGUGAUGAAGCUUGUGCAGUUCUCUCUAAUAGCUAUCCUUUUUUAUCUUAAUCCAAGAUGGCAAACGAGGAUGCUAAAAUGAUGGCUUUGAUAAUGCGUUUUAGCAGCAAAAUUUUCUUGCCGCUCGAAAUGCUCAUAUAUCAUGAGCUCGUACUGGGUAAUAGCCAACUUCGUGUCUACCUUUUUCUACACCAACCGCCUUUCCACAUUGUCCAUAUUGCCCCAUACUGCAAUAAUAGCAGUUGUUCAACGAAAUGAUGCUUGGAGUGUUUAAGCGUUAGUAGCGUUAAUAAAUUCUCGAGUAUAGUAGCAACCGAGAAUUGCCUGAAGAAGAAAGAACGUUUUGUAAAUAACAGGUACGUUUUGUAAAUAAAGGAGGCGUUGACCCGUGUGGCUUUGAAGAACUUAGGUACUUCCUAGGAGGAUCAUGGCGUCAUCGGGUUUUCUUUGCCCGAGGAACCAAAGGCGAAGAAGAGCUCAGAUUAUGUUAAGCAGCGGCUGUUCUCAGACAUCUGGAAGAGACUCGCAUCAAUUAGGGGUACUUUCAUAUAGACUGACAGAUGAAUGAACUUCUGAUGAAAGGAAUGAAGAAAAGUUUUCGUACCAUAUCCAGUCUCCGGAGGUUUAUCUGUUGGUUCAAAGAAAAUCCCAACUUGAUGCGACAGUCGAAAUACCUGGUGAAACUCUGCGAGCUUAUACCACUGACUCCAUACAGGCCACAAUUCUUGCCCUUAGCGAUCGGUUCCCGAAAAGGAUGCUUCCUCUGUCAACUUAACAGCAAAUGCGGAGGAAACUGGAAACACCUUGUCGGCACGACGACCUGUUCGCUGUUUUCGCUUGGGAACUGUAGUUUGUCAUGUGGAGCCUGGUGCUAGAACUCGGCAGAAACAUGGAGUUCUUUUGUCUGUUAUGUUAUGUUUGUCUUUCAUAGUGUAUAGGAAUACCCCUGGUAUUUCUCAUAACAAUACAAUUAGCUUUAAAAUCCCAAAGCAUGUGUGCUGUGAUAGAAUUGCUUUACUUAUAUGUACAUAUAAUCACUGUUUUAUUAUCAUGACAAUGGCGAGUCCUGUUGCAAUCC